AUGGAUUUUCAAGAUUUAUCAGACACUAAAUCGCUUUCUACUUUUUCCAUCAAAUUGAAUCCUUCAUUUACAUUGCAUCUGAGUCAACAAAACAAUACACAAAAUCAUGGCACCACUGUAUGGGAUUCGGCCAAAUUGCUCGCCUUUUAUUUGUUUGAUACCAUCAAGAAGCCCACAUUCAAACAAAGCAAGGUGCAAAAUAACAAGACCUGUUUGGAACUGGGCAGCGGAUGUGGACUCGGUGGGCUCAUCAUGGCUUCCUUGGGAUUUGACACAGUGUUGACUGAUCUGCCUGAAGUGGUGGGUUGCGUGCUCCAGCGAAACUGUGAUACAGCGAUCGAUGCUAUUACAGACUGGUGGUAUCAUCUGCAACACACAACAGACCUCAUUGAUCCGCCUAAAAUCAGUGUGCAGUCGCUGGAUUGGCUUCAACUGAUGGAUCAAGAAAACCAACACUCCUCUCAACCGUAUCAUUAUAUCAUUGCUUCUGACUGCAUCUACGAAAUUGAAUUGGUGGAACCCCUGCUGAAUUGCAUUCGCUACUAUGCUUCUCCUUCCACCUUGAUAUUCAUUGCCAUGGAGAGAAGAGACGACACAGUGGUGGAUGGCUUCAUCAACAGAGCCAAAGCAUUUGGGUUUGAGGCCCGCAUGGUUCUCAAGAAGCUUCUCAACAGCAAAUCUGUCGGAAACGAAGAUGUGGAGAUCUGGAAGCUUAAACUUCGAAAGAAUAGAAUCAGCAAUCAUGUCAUGUUUAAUGACAAAAAGUGUAAAUAG